CCGCAUAUUUGAGCAGCAGAAGAAGAAGCCGGCGGCCCAUGAUGCCAGUGUGUCGGAAAGCUUCGGCAUGGACUCUGGUUACCCUGCAGGGUCUCUGCAGGAGGACACAGCCCGUCCUCCGGUCCGGCAGCCAGGCAGCGUCUGUCUCUCACUUCAGUAGAGUCUCACAGAAGACCGCACCGUUCAGCCGACUUAUAAACCCCCUCACGUCCACAUUUGGAUCCAUUUUUGACGUCCAGGUGUCCAGAAGACUCAGCAUGUCGUCCUCUGCCAUGUCCCAGAGAAUGGUCUGGGUGGACCUGGAGAUGACAGGUCUGGACAUCGAGAAGGACCAGAUCAUUGAGAUGGCGUGCAUCAUCACAGACUCUGACUUGAACAUUUUGGCCGAGGGGCCCAACUUGAUAAUUAACCAGCCAAACGAGCUGCUGGACGGGAUGUCAGAGUGGUGUAAAGAGCAUCAUGGGAAGUCAGGACUAACGCAGGCUGUAAAGGACAGUAAAAUCACCCUGGAACAAGCAGAGUAUGAGUUCCUGUCCUUCGUCAGACAGCACACCCCGCCUGGAUCCUGUCCUCUCGCCGGUAACUCUGUGCACGCAGACAAGAAGUUCCUGGACAAGUACAUGCCACAGUUUAUGUACCACCUCCACUACAGAAUCAUUGACGUCAGCACCAUUAAGGAGCUCUGCAGACGGUGGUUUCCAGAGGAGUACAAAAAGGUGCCUCUCAAGAAAGCAGCCCACAGAGCCUUGGAUGACAUCCAGGAAAGCAUUAAAGAGCUGCAGUACUACAGAGAACACGUCUUCAAAACCACAACAGACGAGAAGAAGCGCAAGAUAGUAGAAAAUGGAGGCAGCAACAACAGUUAGCACGUGCGAAUGAGACUGCAGAGCAUUUAUAGUUGCGUUGCUGCAUUUCUUGAAGAAAGCAGUUCAACCAUUUAGAUCUGUGAUUCACUGAUUUUAGUUUCUUUUCACAUUUAGCAGCCCAAUGAUCCUUUGUUUCAAUAUUGUUCAAAAUGUAGAGGUUUCAUCAAAGGGAGCAAGAUUCUUGUAACAGUUUAUUCAAAAGAAACCUAUUUUUCCAAGUUUAAGAGAGGAACGUUUGAAAGUGACCUUGCCGUUUUGUAUUUAUUUAUCUUCAGUCUGGGAUUGACUUUCAUUUUCCCUUGUUUUUAAAAAUGAAACCAAAUAAACCGUGAUCCCUGAGGAAA